AUGGAGUUCCAAAAGGGCGAACGCGUCUUCCUGAACUUCGAGACGGGCGGAGUUGAGCGAGCCGAGCAGAACCCCGAGCCUGCGCCCGGGCUCCCAGCAAUCCCCGCCUUCGAUUUCGUCGGCGACAUCCUCGAGCGCGACACCACAUCCACCCCGCCCGUCGCGCCCUCGUCCACGCCAAACGCGACAGGCUUCCCGGCACACAGGAAGCGCACACCGCGAGUCUCGGCCUUCAAGCAGCGACGCGCAGCGAGCGAACAGCAAGCGGUGCCUGCACCGAAAGCGCAAGAUGCAGCGAGUCUCCACAGCGCGCCGCCGCCGCGCGCCCGAUUCGACCCCGACGACGAGCGCAGCGCGAUAGACGCGGAGAACCAGCGCAGGCUGGACAUGAUGUCUGAUGCAGAAAUCGAGGAGGAGAGGAGAGAGCUCCUGGCGAACCUCGACCCUGCUCUGAUCACGCAGCGGCUGUUCGAGGCGAAUAUGGAUGACGGGAGUAAUGAGCAGCAGCAGUGGCCGGAGGAUAAGGUGGAGACGUCUGAGCCUGCGGCACCAGCGCAGGAGAUGAAGGCAUCGACCUCGAAGAAGGUGUCUUUCGCAACAGAAGAGGACGAAGAGGAAGCCACAAUAUCACAUGCACCAGAAAGCACCACACCCUCACACACGCACGCCGAAGAAGCCACGGGCUCGCUGCACUUUCCGCCCACACCGCAGCCUCCCGACCUCGACCCAAACGACCCCAACUUUCUCGAGAACAUGCACGCCAAAUACUUCCCCUCGCUCCCCUACAACCCCUCGACCGUCGAGUGGAUGAAACCCAUCGACCCCACAGACAAAUCCUCGCCCUACCACCCCUCGCAGACGGCCCUCAACGCGUCCGAGCUGCGCUUCGACUUCAAAGGCGCCCUGCUCGCGCCCAGCACCGCGCGCGACUUGCCCACGACAAUGGGUCUGCACCACCACGCCGCCGCGCCAGAAGCAGCCGGCUACACGAUACCCGAGCUGGCCGCCACGGCGCGCAGCGCCGUGCCCGCACAGCGCUGCAUGGCCUACCAGACCCUCGGCCGCAUCCUGUUCCGUCUGGGCCGCGGCGAGUUCGGCGCCGAGAAGCCAGCGCAGCACACCGAUGCGCCGGCGCGGGUUGCCUCGCUCCCGGACGAGGACGGUGAAGCCGAAGACGAUAGCGACGCCGACGACCAUGAUGUCGCGCAUUACAUGGCUGUGGGGCUGUGGAAGUGCAUCGAGGACGGCAGGGUGGUGGAGACGCUGACCGAGGAGGCGGCGAGGGAGAAGGGGCAUCUGACGGCGCGGACGUUUGCGCAGGAGGCGCUGUGGAAUUGGCGCCGCGGCGGGGGGAGGCGCCGGUUCGCUGUGUAG